GGAAAAAAAAGCGCAUGAGGACGACGUCGUUCCACUCUUUUCCUUGUCAUUCGAUUUCCCAAAGAAACGUUAGUGCCCUAACCCCAAACACACUCGCGCUCAAAUACAGAGAAAAGAGAAUAACACUAAUCAGAGCAACAAUGGAGGCCACGCAAAAUGACGAAAAUGCCCUCUCACAACCACAACCACAAACUCUCUCGAAGAACGCUCAGAAGAAGCUGCUGAAGCAGCAGAGGUACGAAGCGAAGAAGGCGGAGAAGAAAGCGCAAGAGAAGCGGCAGAAGAAGGAAGACGCCGAGCGGAAGAGGAAGGAGUGGGAGGAGACUCUGGCGAGCGUCACGGAGGAGGAGCGAGCGAAGCUGAUAGAGUCGCGGCGGAGCUUGAGGAAAGAGAGGAUGGAGAAGCGGUCGGAGGAGAAGGAGAAGAAGAUGGAGAGGCUGAACAAAGCGAUGCAGUGCGGACACAAGAUCGUCGUCGACCUCGACUUCGCUCACCUCAUGACUCCCUCUGAGAUUCAAAGCCUCGUUCAACAGAUUAUGUAUUGUUAUGCAGUGAAUGGAAGAUGUACUAGCCCUUGUCAUCUCUGGUUGACUGGAUGCGAGGGAGAAAUGGGAAGCCAAUUGAAAAGACUCCCAGGGUUUGAUAAUUGGAUAAUUCAGAAAGAAAAUCGACCAUAUAUUGAAGCAUUGCAAGAGCAAAAGGAAAAUCUGGUAUAUCUCACAGCAGAUGCAGAAACUGUUCUGGAGGAACUUGAACUGAAGAAAAUAUAUAUUGUUGGUGGAUUGGUGGACCGUAAUAGGUGGAAAGGGAUUACCAUGAAGAAAGCAAAAGAGCAAGGAAUCCAAACGGCGAAGCUUCCAAUUGGGAAUUACUUGAAGAUGUCAAGUUCCCAGGUCCUUACUGUGAACCAAGUGAUGGAGAUACUCCUCAAGUUUAUUGAAACAAAGGAUUGGAAAGUUUCUUUCUUUCAAGUGAUUCCUCAAAGGAAAAGACCUGAAGCUGAUCCAGAAGGAUGUCAAGUAGAAGGGGAAGAAAAUGAAGGGAUAGAUGAUCAAUUGGAUAGCAAAAAGAAGUGUGUUGAAGUACCUUCUCAAAGGAAAAGACCUGAAGCUGAUCCAGAAGGAUGUCAAGAAGUAGAAGGGGAAGAAAAUGAAGGGAAAGAUGAUCAAUUGGAUAGAAAAAAGAAGUGUAUCGAAGUCCCUUCCCAUGGAUAGAACUUGAAUGGGUCCAAGUUCCCAUUAAUGUGUUGAAUUUGUAAAAGGUAAAAGAAAAAUUUUGUCACAUAAUUGAUUUUUCAACCAGAGCUUCACACUUUGCAUGCA